AUGUCAAAUUUGCGAGUCUUGAUCGUCGGUGCCUCCAUCGCAGGCCCAACGGCAGCCUACUGGUUCGCCAAAACCGGGGCAAAAGUCACAGUCAUCGAGCGAUUCUCUCAAAUGCGAAAAAACGGACAUAAUGUCGACAUUCGAACUGCAGGCGUUUCGGUAAUGCGUAAGAUGCCUGGUAUGGAGGAAGCAGUUCGAGCCAACCUCCAACAAGUGGACGGUAUAAGUAUUAUGCGUGAGGAUGGCCGACCUUACGGAACCAUGACUUCCACCGGGAAUCCCGAUCAACAGUCAUUGAUCUCUGAGUUUGAAAUUCUGCGCGGUGAUCUAUCGCGUAUCCUUUUCGACUUGACCAAAAACCACGAGAGUGUCAAUUAUAUCUUCGGCGAGCAAAUUGCUUCCAUGCAGCAUCACGAGAAGAACGAUGGGCAUAUUCAAGUCAAGUUCCUGAACGGUACACCCACCUCAGAGUAUGACCUUGUCGUGGCCUGUGACGGCGCGACAUCAAGGACUCGCGCAAUUGGACUCAGCUGUGGCGUGCGCGACUACAUCCAAACUAUGAACCUAUGGUCAGCCUACUUCUCAAUCAAAAAAGACCUUCUCAACGGGAGUCAAAUAUGUCAAGCGUACAGUGUUGUUGGCGGCCGUGCCAUCUUCAUUGGUCCUGAUCCCACUGGAGGCAGCCGGAUUGGGUUAAUGGGAAUUUACCCGCGCACCGAUCCUGAUGCAAUGAAAAAGUUUCGCGAAGCAAAUAAGCUCGACACUAAUGCGCUCAAGAACCUCGUCGCCGAGCACUUCAAAGGAGCAGGCUGGAAGUGCGACGAGGUGAUUCGAGGCAUGCUCGAAACCGACGACUUCUACGCCAGUGAAUGGGCACAGGUCAAAGCGCCAACUCUAUACCAAGGGCGAUUCGUAAUGGUCGGUGAUGCUGGCUAUGCGCCUGGUCCAAUAGGCACCGGUACAAGUCUGGCUAUUGCUGGAGCAUAUAUGCUGGCGGGCGAGAUUGGGAAGCACCGAGGUAACCUGGCAGCGGGAUUGAAGGGGUAUGAAGAACAGGUUCGGCCGUUGAUUAAUGAUAUGCAAAAGAUUCCUCCGCUCGUCCCUGGAAUGUUUGCACCUCAGACUAGUUGGGGGAUUUGGGUGAGAAAUACGAUUUUUGCAUUUAUUUGCUGGAGUAGACUUCCGUCGCUCUUAAACAAGUCUUUUGGGAGUUCUUCAAAGCAUUCUGGUGCUUACAAGGUGCCGGAAUAUGAAUGGGCAGCUUGA